AUGUACGAUACAGAAGAUGAUCAGUAUGAAGAAGUUGAAGAAAUUUCGUCCGAGCUGUGGCAAGAAGCGUGUUGGAUAGUAAUCAAUGCUUAUUUUGAUGAAAAAGGUUUGGUACGCCAGCAGCUAGACAGUUUCGACGAAUUUAUUCAAAUGUCAGUGCAGCGGAUAGUUGAAGAUUCUCCUCCGAUAGAACUUCAAGCCGAAGCCCAACAUUCUACCGGAGAAAUCGAAACGCCUCCAAAAUAUCAUCUAAAGUUUGAUCAAAUAUAUCUUUCCAAGCCAACCCAUUGGGAAAAAGAUGGCGCUCCAUCACCUAUGAUGCCUAACGAAGCUCGCCUUCGAAACUUGACUUACUCUGCGCCUUUAUACGUCGACAUUACAAAAACAAUUGUGAGAGAAAACGAAGACCCGAUUGAGACUCAACAUCAAAAAACAUUUAUCGGGAAAAUUCCUAUUAUGCUUCGGUCCACCUAUUGUCUCUUAAGCAAUUUAACAGAUCGUGAUUUGACUGAGUUAAACGAAUGUCCAUUAGAUCCUGGUGGCUAUUUCAUCAUCAACGGUUCUGAAAAAGUAUUAAUUGCUCAAGAAAAAAUGGCCACCAAUACUGUGUAUGUAUUUAGUAUGCAAGGUGGUAAAUAUGCUUAUAAAACUGAGAUUCGUUCAUGUCUUGAACACAGUUCGAGGCCUACAUCCACUCUGUGGGUCAAUAUGAUGGCGAGAGGAGGGCAAAGCAUUAAGAAGUCAGCUAUUGGUCAGAGAAUUGUUGCGAUUGUUCCAUACAUAAAACAAGAAAUACCAAUUAUGAUUGUAUUCAGAGCUCUUGGGUUUGUUGCCGACAGAGAUAUACUGGAGCAUAUAAUUUAUGAUUUUGAUGAUCCAGAAAUGAUGGAAAUGGUCAAGCCUUCAUUGGAUGAGGCGUUUGUUAUCCAAGAACAGAAUGUUGCCCUGAGCUUUAUUGGAGCCAGAGGUGCUCGUCCGGGAGUGACAAAGGAAAGGCGUAUUAAAUAUGCAAGGGAAAUUUUACAAAAAGAAAUGUUACCACAUGUUGGAGUGUCAGAUUUCUGUGAAACUAAAAAAGCUUAUUUCCUGGGUUAUAUGGUUCAUAGACUACUAUUAGCUGCUUUAGGUCGUCGUGAACUUGAUGAUCGAGAUCAUUACGGAAACAAGAGACUAGAUCUGGCCGGUCCUCUCUUGGCUUUUCUAUUUAGAGGGCUUUUUAAAAAUUUAUUAAAAGAAGUAAGGAUGUAUGCACAAAAAUUUAUCGACAAAGGAAAGGAUUUCAACCUGGAACUUGCCAUCAAAACAAAAAUCAUAACAGAUGGCUUGAGAUAUUCUUUGGCUACUGGAAACUGGGGUGAUCAAAAGAAGGCCCAUCAAGCAAGAGCCGGAGUGUCCCAGGUGUUAAAUAGAUUAACAUUUGCUUCCACUCUGUCACAUUUGCGUCGUGUUAAUUCACCGAUUGGACGUGAUGGUAAAUUAGCAAAGCCUCGUCAAUUACACAACACUUUGUGGGGCAUGAUUUGUCCUGCUGAAACACCUGAAGGAGCUGCUGUAGGUUUAGUAAAGAACUUGGCUUUAAUGGCCUACAUUUCAGUUGGAAGUCAACCUUCACCUAUAUUAGAGUUCUUGGAAGAGUGGUCUAUGGAAAAUUUAGAGGAAAUAGCUCCUUCAGCUAUAGCAGAUGCAACAAAAAUAUUUGUCAAUGGUUGUUGGGUAGGUAUUCACAGAGACCCUGAACAGCUCAUGGCAACGUUACGUAAACUAAGACGUCAAAUGGACAUCAUUGUCUCAGAAGUGAGUAUGAUACGAGAUAUCAGAGACAGAGAAAUAAGAAUUUAUACAGAUGCUGGAAGAAUUUGUAGACCUCUUUUAAUUGUCGAAAAUGAAACUCUGCUAUUGAAGAAAAAGCACAUUGACCAACUGAAGGAAAGGGAUUAUAAUAAUUAUGGGUGGCAAAAUUUAGUAGCAAGUGGUGUUGUAGAGUAUAUUGAUACUUUAGAAGAAGAAACUGUCAUGAUUGUUAUGAGCCCUGAUUAUCUAGCCCAGGGCAAGGAAUACGCCUAUUGUUCCACAUACACUCACUGUGAAAUUCAUCCAGCCAUGAUAUUAGGUGUUUGCGCUUCUAUUAUUCCAUUUCCUGAUCAUAAUCAAAGUCCUAGGAAUACUUAUCAAAGUGCUAUGGGUAAGCAAGCUAUGGGUGUCUAUAUUACGAAUUUUCACGUCAGAAUGGAUACCCUAGCGCAUGUGCUUUAUUACCCUCACAAACCUUUAGUAACAACAAGAUCCAUGGAAUAUCUACGUUUUAGAGAACUACCUGCCGGAAUUAACUCAAUUGUUGCUAUCUUAUGUUACACUGGAUAUAAUCAAGAAGACAGUGUCAUCUUGAAUGCAUCAGCUGUAGAGAGAGGGUUCUUUAGAUCUGUGUUCUACCGGUCCUAUAAAGACUCUGAAUCCAAAAGAAUUGGCGAUCAAGAAGAGCAGUUUGAAAAACCAACGAGGCAAACGUGUCAGGGCAUGAGAAACGCACUUUAUGAUAAAUUAGAUGAUGAUGGGAUAAUUGCACCUGGUAUAAGAGUCUCUGGGGAUGAUGUCGUUAUUGGAAAAACAAUAACUUUGCCGGAGAAUGACGACGAACUCGAAGGUACGACUAAACGCUUUAGCAAACGUGAUGCAUCGACAUUUUUGCGUAAUAGUGAAACAGGUAUUGUCGAUCAAGUCAUGUUAACGUUGAACAGUGAUGGAUAUAAAUUUUGCAAAAUUCGAGUACGUUCAGUACGUAUUCCGCAAAUAGGCGACAAAUUCGCAUCGCGUCACGGACAAAAGGGAACUUGUGGAAUUCAGUAUAGGCAAGAAGAUAUGCCUUUUACUUGUGAGGGUAUUACUCCUGAUAUUAUUAUCAAUCCUCAUGCCAUUCCAUCUCGUAUGACAAUUGGUCACUUGAUCGAAUGUAUUCAAGGAAAAGUAUCCUCAAACAAAGGAGAAAUUGGUGACGCCACACCGUUUAAUGAUGCCGUAAAUGUACAAAAGAUUUCAUCUUUACUUCAGGAGUACGGAUAUCAUUUGCGUGGGAAUGAAGUGAUGUAUAACGGCCAUACCGGCCGCAAGAUUAACGCUCAAGUAUUCUUGGGCCCUACUUACUAUCAGCGACUCAAACAUAUGGUCGACGAUAAAAUUCAUUCAAGGGCAAGAGGCCCGGUACAAAUUUUAGUCAGACAACCUAUGGAAGGAAGAGCUCGAGAUGGAGGGCUGCGUUUCGGAGAAAUGGAACGUGAUUGUCAGAUCGCUCAUGGCGCUGCACAAUUCCUGAGAGAGCGUCUGUUUGAAGUAUCAGAUCCGUAUCGCAUCCAUGUGUGCAAUUUCUGCGGACUUAUAGCGAUAGCAAAUCUACGAAACAACACUUUCGAGUGUAAGGGAUGUAAAAACAAAACCCAAAUAUCGCAAGUGCGACUUCCAUAUGCUGCAAAGUUAUUGUUCCAAGAACUAAUGUCAAUGAAUAUUGCACCUAGGCUUAUGGUGGUUAGUUAAAAAUAAUAGACUAAUCUUGAUUGAUUGGUUUAAUGACUUUCAGUUGUGCCAGUGGAGCACGUUUGAGACUAAUCUUUUGUAAGGCUAAAUGACUGAUAUGAUAUUUUAAAUAGUUUUUGCUGUAUGUGAAUAAGUCAUAUAAGCAUGGACGUACCCUCAGCUGGACAAGAUGACUCGACCUGACCUGAAGUCUCACCCUGACUUGAAAGUAAAUAACAGAAUUUUCAGAUUUUUAAUUUCAAUUUAAAAUUAGCUAAAAUGUUCCCAAGCUAUUAUUGAAAUAGUGUACUUAGUGAUUGUAAAAAGAAUUUUCAAUUUUCUACUAUGUAGGUACUUAUUCAAUUUUUAUAUUUAUUUAAUUUUGCCCCAUCCUUAACAACAUUCUGGAUAUGCAUGUAAGAUAAUUCCAUUUUAGUAGUUUUAUUAGAUUUUUGUAAUAAAUCAUAUUUUGAAGUCAUUGUGAUUACGGUAUACAGUAAAUACAACAUAAUAAACCAAUUUUAAAUAUUGAAAUAUUUAUUAUAAAAGUAUUGAAUUAAUGUAAACAAAAAUAUAUCAAUGAAAAUGGAAAGUAAUUUCGAACUGCUACUUAAAGAUUAACCAAGUUGAUUAAGGCUCAAGGACUGAUUGCAGAUAGAAAGAAAUAAAAAUGGAAAGUUUUAGAAAGGGUUGAGAAGGCAUUACUUGCCUUGCCGUUACAUGGCUUUGUUGAGAGAGAAACUGUUUUGAGAUUUUUAAAUGUGAUAUGUGGUUAAAUAAAUGUAUGCAAUUGAUAUUUU